AUGGUGGAGGCUUCGGUUAUCCGGUGUUGGGGUUGGCCUUUGGCAUGGAUGGGUCGGAGUUUUGUAGGUCAUGCUGUAGUCGCUGGUCCCUUCCGGUGGAUGUACAGUUGCUGCCUCCGUCCUGGAUUUUAUUUUCAGCCUGCACAAGCUUUGAGGGCUCUUGUAUACUUAGCCUUCGGUGGCCCUUCCAUCGCCGGUGACGAUCUAGCCAUCAUAAAUUGGAUCAAUGUUUGGGCCGGGGGUUUUCAGUACCUAUGGCGGAUGUUGGAGGUCGCUAUGAACCGUUAUAUCCUUUGGUUUCUGGUCGUUGGGUUAAGGUUUCAGAUUUCUGUUUUGACCGGACAAACCGUUGGUGGUCUUGGUGUGGCGAGUGAAGUUAAGUUUGUGGUUUGGAUGUGGUCCGGGCUCGUGGCAGUAGCUUGCGGCGGACUUAUAGACUGGUGGUUUUGCUGGUCCUUUACUCGCGAGAUCCGCGGAGGCUUGGAUUAA